AAUUGCAUGUAGGUUAUGCUAUUAUUCAGUAACAGUUCAGUUUAACAAUAAUUCUUCAUCGGAUCUGCUGGUCAACCCACCACUAUGUCCAUGCGUCGUGGAUGGCUGGGGGCACCGAAACCUCCGAAGAAUCCGCACUCUUUGGAACACCUUAAAUAUCUUCAUCAUAUUUUGACGAAGAAUUCCACUGUUACUGAAGGCAACAAGGCACUUAUUGUCGAAGCAUUACGUUCAAUGUCCGAAAUAUUAAUUUGGGGAGAUCAAAAUGAUAGUUCUGUUUUUGAGUUCUAUCUGGAGAAAAACAUGUUUCUUUUCUUCUUGAAUAUUUUGAAACAAAACGCUGGGAAUUAUGUCUGCAUUCAACUCCUUCAAACAUUGAAUAUUCUGUUUGAGAAUCUACAAAACGAUACUUCAUUAUACUAUCUGCUCUCCAACAACCAUGUGAAUGAAGUUAUCUGUCAUAAGUUCGAUUUCUCUGAUGAAGAAGUUCUCGCUUAUUACAUCUCAUUCCUGAAAACUUUGUCUCUAAAGCUCAACCAGCAUACAAUACAUUUCUUCUACAAUGAACAUACAGAUGACUUCGCUCUCUAUACAGAAGCAAUCAAAUUUUUCAACCAUUCUGAAUCAAUGGUGAGGAUUGCUGUCAGGACAUUGACAUUGAAUGUUUAUAAAGUGCAAGAUGAAGCAAUGCUUCGUUACAUCCGAGACAGAACAGCUGUUCCCUACUUCUCCAAUCUUGUUUGGUUUAUUGGAAAUCAUGUCAGAGAACUCAACACUUGCAUAAGGAGCAAUGAUAACCAUCAAAAUCUGAAUCGUCUCAGUGACCUUGUUGCAGAACAUCUGGAUCAUUUGCAUUACCUGAAUGAUAUAUUAGCAAUAGAGAAUGAACAACUUAACAACAUACUCGGAAAACAACUGCUUCAUCAUUUAUUUGUUCCUUUGUAUAUUUAUUCUCUUUCUUCUAUUGGUGAUGAUGACUCUGAUGAAAAGGAGCAACCAAGAGUCAAUUCAGUGUUGGCGUUAUUCCUCCUUUCACAGGUUUUCCUGAUCAUCCAAUAUGAACCUGUUGUCCAUAAACUUGCCGAAGUCAUCUUCAACCAGAAUUCAACAUUGAAUCUCAUGAACGACCAGGAUGAAGUUUAUGAAGCAUUCGUGCAACAGCCAGAAAGCCUUGAUACUUGGCUUGAUAGUAAAAGAGUGAAGAAGGCAACAAAAAAGAAAACCAAAAGACCAAACUUCAGGAAUGUUGGUUCUGACGAUGAACCCACAUCACCAGUUGAACCUCCAGAGCCAGUGAUCGAACAAAACUACACGGUAGAAGAAGUAGAGAGGAGUUUGAAUACUCAACAAGAAGUUCUGGCAUCUGUCAGUCCAACUUACUCUGAUGAUGAUAUUUCUUCAAGCAAUUCAAAUGAAUCCCCAGGCCGUGUUCUCUCGUUGCCGCAACCUCAAAAUAUAACUGAUGACCAAAAAGCUGCAGCAACAAGACUGUCAUCCUCAUCAUCUGGUAUCAGUACAAACAGGCCUUUUCUCGACACCAUCUACAGUGCUCUGAAUUGUCAAGGCGAUGAUUACAAAGCUUUACUUGCAUUGUGUCUUCUUUAUGCAAUGUUACAUAACAAAGUUUGUGGUAUUUUGUUUUCUACUUGCUCUCAUGGGGAAUUAGCUGCUGGUAUCAGUUCGGAUCUGACAGAAGUUGUCCAAUUGGGGCAGUCAAAGGAUGAUGAAAACAAUGACACGUACAGUCAUUGGUUGGUUGAACGAUUACUGAGGAUUCUUAGUACAAGUGUUAAGAAAGAUUCCAAAGUUCGUUUGGCCACCAUCGGGUUGAGUUGCUUGUUAUUGAAGGAAAUCGGGCUGAAGAAUGAUAAAUGUAUUUUAUUGGAAAGUCAUCUUACUUGCAUUGAGGAUUCAAGAAAUGAAAGUAUGAACAAUCUACAUCCAUUUUAUAAGGAGGAAGAAAUGUUCUUGGAUAUUUUGGAAGAUGAAUACAGGACGUUUCAGAGUAAGCCUCUUAAUGUGGAGUACUUGAUGAUGGAUUCGUCCUUACUACUGCCACCUACUGGUACACCGUUAACAGGAAUUGAAUUUAAAAGUCGACUUCCAUGUGGACCUGCUGAGCAAGCUAAAAGGGCAAUUGGAACUUUCAUUGGCCUUCGAGAUCUCUCACUUUGUCUUUGCAAAGAAGUCGAAACUCAGCUCCCACUCACAAGAGAGCAAGAUUGUAUUCAGACGAACGAUAAACUGGAUCUGAACAACAGCGACCUGAUAGCCUGUACGGUAUCGAAUCGAGAUGGGAAGCAACGUAGAUUCUUAGUUGUCGAUCUAUAUCAGCUUGUAUUGGUGGAGCCAGAGAGUAAGAGACUUGGAUGGGGAGUCGUCAGAUUCGCUGGUUUCUUACAAGAUGUUGAAGUAGCAAGUGAUAAUGAAGACAGUCGAGUACUACGAGUCACAAUACAUAAACCAUCUGGUGCCAGGAGAGUUCCAUUGCUGAGUGCUGAUUUCAUAUUUGAUGACCAUAUAAGGUGCAUGGCAGCUAAGCAAAGGUUAACAAAAGGUCGAAUGCGAGCUCGAAACCUUAAAAUGCAAAGAAUAGCUGUGUUGCUGGGAUUGCCAGAGAAUACAAUUGAAGAUCCAUUUGCUAACAGUUAUAUGCUGAAUACAAGUUUCCAUGCCCCCAGAAGUCAAUUCCGAGCUUAUGCUGAUCCUCAUGCACUCGAAUCAAGCCCUCAUCAACGCGGCAACAGCAGCCAUACGCCUCAACCUAUACUGAAACGACCUGGUGGAUCAAUGGCAAUAACUCCUGGGCGAAUUGGAAACCUCGGCCUUCCAGUUUCACCAAGAGCUGGCUCAGCUCGCAACCAAAGUCCUGCGCUUGGAAGACACAGAGAAAAAGUAUCGAGUUCACUCACUACAUGUGAAUCAGAACCCGAGCUUAUUUCAGCGAAAGAAUUGACACUCGUACUCCAAGAUCACAGUAAUGACAAUGCUGCAAUUCAACACAGCGAACCUCCAUCUUUUGCGUCAAAUGUCAUCUCUCGAGGUGCGCCAAAGAGUCACAGAAGAACGAACAGUGCUCAUAUUAGCUCCAGUGAACUUCCUUAUGAAGAAGUCGGAGUACAUGUCGGGAAUUUAGACCUUGAAUCAAAAUCUGGCGAGUCUACUUCUCCAUCUUUUGGGGCUGAUGCCUCCCCACUUGAAGAAGGGGUAGACGCUUCAUCGCUGAAUGAAUUUAGCAUCGAGGAAGAUGCCAAUGCUUCUAACCUUGCUUCAAAUUCUGAAGUUGGCGAAAAAGAACAAAUAUCUAAUGUAGUACCCAAUGACUCCAUACCACCCACUAGUGACCCAGAAAGUAUUCCUUCUCAAAUUGAAAACUCUAAUUAUGACAUCACACAUCUUGAAACUGACGACUUGAAAGUUGCGAGAUUACGUUCUGAAUCUUCGACGUCUAACAAAGAUAUUGCUCUUACUCUGCAGCCCCCAUCCUCGGCCCCAGUUUCUUUGAUGAAUCAAGAGGAACCAAAGUUCUCAGUGUCGCUUUCUCCUGUAAAAUCAGUUUCUUCAGAUUUCAAAUCUGACAACCAAUGAGUUCACUUGGGAACAGAAAGUGAAUUCAAAUCGAAUAUUGGAAAUAAUUCAAAAGUCUGCGAUCAUGAAGUAUGCGUACCAAGAUGGCGGACACCUGAACUUAGUAUAUGUACCAGGUUAGGGUUGGGCCAUAUUUCAGGUACAAACACUAUGAGAGUCACUUGGCUUGUCCCCGAACUUGUAGUGGAACUAAAAUAAGGAACCAUACUCAACCAUAUUAUUCAUUCUUCUUAUUUAAACUCACUAUUUGGACAAGACCGAGGUUGUUCCCAUCUUCCCAAAAAAAUCUUGUAUGCUUUGCUCUUCCAUAUUCCCCAACUCGCGAAUUUCUGUCCUAUUUUCUGCGGAUUCAGCAUUUGCAGACAAAAUUUUUAUUUAAACAAAAUCAAUUAUAUGCACUUGGAGGACAAAUUAGCUUCUCCUCACAGAUCAUUCAAAUUUUGAUUUUGACAAUAUUCGCUUCUGAUCUAAUUGCUGUAUGUAUUUGUAUCCAAAAGUCUCAAAUAUAAACAAUAGUUUAUUUUGAUUUGGAUGAAAUCAUAACCCAUAUUUGAUUUAAUGCUUUGCAAAAGGAUCAUCAUUGUAUUGGAAAUUGAUUUUAUCGGUGAAUGUCGUAGAUUGAUCUGCUGAUUUGAAUUGAUGUUACAAUUUCAUCAAAUUCAAUAAUUUUAUUUGGUGCUCCAGAAGUAUGUGCACCACGAUGGCGGACACCAGAACGUCGUAUGUGUACCAGGUUAGGGUUAGGCCGUUUUAUUAUUUCAGUUUUCCUUA